AUGGGGGGUCGUGGUUCAAUCAAGAUCUCGACAGAUUCCGUUCGUUUUCGGAGUUUUUUUAGAAUCGAGACCCAGCGGUAGGCAUGUGUUGUAGACUGGUCCUGUCUGGUUGCGGUUGAAAAGCGUCGAUUUUUGCCUAUUCCGAGGAGCGAGAAACCAAUUUCGUCUUCGCAUGCUGCUGCUGUUGUUUUGUGGGCGCAUGUGGAUAAUUACUGCACAGGAUAGCGGUCGUAAGAGAAGUAAGGAAGAAGAUAAUACUUUUUUGUUUGCUGGAAGCAAUUGAUUGCACGGUUCACCCUUUCUGGCUGCGCCUUGUGCCUUUCUUGUACGCUUUGAGAAGCUUUUUGAGAAGUUUCUGGGAAGUUUUCAUCCCUCAAAAGAGGACUGAUUCAGCUUUGAGCAGCUAUAACUUCUUUGCUUGUUCUGUUUCUUUGGUUUUUCAUUUCUGGGUUUGUUCUAGAGUCUUAAAGAUUUCUGAGUUAUGGGUGCUAAAGGUUCGAGGGAAGGGAGUUACGGUGAGAGUUCUUCUUCAUGGAAUCCGCAGUACAGGUAUUCACAGUCGCCAUAUGGUCAAGAUACUCAGGGCUACCCGCCUCAGCCGGCUUACGUGCAAGAAUAUGCCAGUGGCGCGGCCGGAGAUAAUAGGAGGAGGCUAGACAGAAGGUAUUCAAGAAUUGCAGAUAACUACAACUCGUUGGAUGAGGUGACAGAGGCACUUUCACGGGCUGGCUUGGAGUCUUCCAAUCUUAUUGUCGGUAUUGAUUUCACCAAGAGCAAUGAAUGGACAGGGGCAAGAUCAUUUCACAGACGAAGUUUGCAUCACAUCGGAGAUGUUCUUAAUCCUUAUGAGCAAGCAAUAUCAAUUAUUGGCAAAACCUUGGCUGCUUUUGAUGAGGAUAACUUGAUUCCAUGUUAUGGAUUUGGAGAUGCAUCAACACACGACCAAGAUGUAUUCAGCUUCUACCCAGAUGACAGAUUUUGCAAUGGGUUUGAGGAAGUUCUGAGCUGUUACAGAGAAAUUGUCCCUCAUUUGAGGCUUGCAGGUCCAACAUCUUUUGCUCCUAUCAUUGAGAUGGCCAUGACAAUUGUUGAGCAGAGUGGUGGACAAUAUCACGUUUUGGUGAUAAUUGCGGAUGGACAGGUGACAAGAAGUGUUGAUACUGACCGAGGCAGGCUAAGUCCCCAGGAGCAGAAGACUAUUGAAGCCAUCGUUGAAGCAAGCAAGUUUCCUCUCUCUAUUAUUCUAGUUGGGGUUGGAGAUGGGCCUUGGGACAUGAUGCACGAAUUUGAUGACAAUAUUCCAUCUCGAGCCUUUGAUAACUUCCAGUUUGUCAACUUCACUGAAAUAAUGACAAAGAAUGUGGCACCCUCAAGGAAGGAAACGGAAUUUGCUCUGUCAGCCUUGAUGGAAAUUCCUUCUCAGUACAAAGCGACCAUUGAACUUAAUAUAUUGGGCGGUCGGAAAGGCAAUGCUCCUCGACGGGUUGCUCUCCCCCCACCACAUGGUGUCCCAUCCUUUAGUAACCCAAAGACUUCGCGUUCGAUGAGUUUUGAACCAAGUGUCGAGCCUUAUUAUGAAACUAAGGGACAUGUUACUGCUACUCCUCCAGCCACGACUUCUACUUAUGAUAACCAGAUUUGCCCCAUUUGCCUCACCAACCCAAAAAACAUGGCUUUCGGUUGUGGUCACCAGACAUGCUGCGAGUGUGGACAAGACCUUCAGAUGUGUCCCAUCUGCCGAAGCCCUAUCCAAACAAGAAUAAAGCUCUACUAGGCACCGAAUUUGCUUUUGUGUGGAUUUGUCUCCCGUCGGUCAGAAUUCGUCUUUCUUUUGUCCAUUCAAAUGUUAUGUUCUCUUCGUUUGGUAUCUAAUGCUUGCUUCAAAGGGAAGGAGGAAAGUCGGCAUAAGUUGUUAAUAUCUUAGGUCAUUUGUUGGUCUGUACAUUGUCGUAAUGUAGAUUCUAUUGGUUUCUUCUUUUGUGUUUAUUGCAUUUGUUUGCUAACAGCAGAGGGCGGAGCGAUUAUUGAUGGAAGAAAGAUGUUUGUGAACUUAUAUGAAGUGGGCUGUUAAAAGUUUUUUCUGGCACGUACGAAAGGGCCAGUGAAUGGUUUUGAUCCCA